GCACUGCUGGGCUGCACUGGUGGGUGGCACUGGUGGGCAGCACUGGUGGGUGGGCACAGGUGGGUGGCACUGGUGGGCACAGGUGGGUGGCACUGCUGGGCACAGGUAGGUGGCACUUCUGGGCACAGGUGUGUGACACUGCAGAGUGGCACAGGUGGGUGCACUGCUGGGCACAGGUGGGCGGAGCUAGUGGGCGGAACUUGUGGGUGGCACUGCUGGGCACCGAUCAACAGUGGCCCUGAUGAUCGGUGCCGAUCCUCGCUCUGACAACUGCCGGUUCUCGGCAGUACUUUCCUCACGAUCUGACAGCGUGAGGAAAGUGCAGCCGAGAACCGGCACUUGCAU